GCCUAAUUCUUAUUUUUACAGAAAUACCAAAAUGUGCCAAACAAACCGUUGAUGUUUGUUUGAAAAUGAUCUACAAGACUGGGAAACUGACGUAUUAUCCCUGGGGCCUUACUCGCUAGAACGACCAGCCAAGGAGCUGUUGGAAAAACAGUGCUAUCAGUGAACAGAAUGUGGUAAUUAUUGGAAUUGAAGUGCUUACGCAAGAUGGGCGCUUCUUAGAAUAGGGGUGUUUAUGACAAAAACAAAUUCGAGGGGGGCACUUAGUGAAGCGGAGGCGCUGAAUAGAACGAGUGCGCGAAAUAGAAUCAUUACAGUAGUCUAUGAUUGGUGUCCAUUCUUUGAUUAUUGUUGAAACUCUGAUGUGGCUGUUGUUAUACGGCAGUUAGCUUGACAGAGAUACCAGCCGACGAAUUUCUAUAUUUGGUUAGAGAGUAAUCACUUGAGUCGAGUGGGGCGACGUGAUGCACAGCAAGAUAAGAUGUCGGGUCACUUUGGUUUAUCAAUAGUCGAACUGAAGCUAUCUUAUAUCUGUCCAUGUUAAUAUUGUGGAGUACCGUAAAUACACCCAAUAAAGGAUUUGAGGGUCUUUUAAGACAUUGCGGAAUUGUUGCUCGUCCUGUAUCUCAGUUUAGGUCGUAAACUGGUUGGCCGGUGGAUUACACGCAUCCAAGUUUCCCGCACAAUUUUAAUAGAUUCUCAUACAGUUACAGUGCAACUGUUAAGGGUGCGUGAAAAACUGUGAUAUUGCCGAAAAACAGUAUUCGUGGACUGUGUAAACAAAGGCUUAACGUGGUGGCUGAGGCGACUCUAUAAAGAUUACCCUUCUAGAAUUUUUUUCUGCGCGAUUGAAUCUUGCUAUGAGUUGAUAUUCUAUUGAAUUGAAAUGGUUCGUAACAAAUUGUCCUUUCUGUUUAGAAAAAAUAAAAAAAAUUUUGAAAAAAUAAUAAUGGAAAUACAAUCCUAGGGGAAAAACUAUCAGAUCUCGCUGUUCCAUCCUUCAAAUGAGGAAUAGAAAUGGAAACUCAAAUUUUGUUUGUGUUAUCUAUUUAUUGACUUUGAAAGAGAAUGCCUGCUAUGAAGAAAUUUGCAAAUCUGGCUUCUAAGUAAGCUUGAUUCAAAUGUCCUCUUGCACUCUCUAUGAAGGAUGUGUCUUCAGCUUGGAUAUUUUUAUGAAAUAGUUGGGUUUUUCAAAGCCUUUCACUGAGAUGAAUUGUAACUAUCGCACAGAUGAUCAAGGAAAUACUGGCCGUUUCUUGAUGUUAAUUGAUCCUAUGAUUGCCGAGAACAAAACCAAGGCAUUUGAUUGGUUAAGACCGGUCAGCUGUAGCGAAUACUUCAAGCUGAGAAAGUGGAUAUCAACUUAUUUCAAUGUCGCGUACAGCGUGACGGAACAUCAGACUUGUGAGCCUUGCUCAAAUUCAUCAACAUGGCUUGCACGUUUCGUGGAGAACCCAGGGAAAACCUGGUUCGAGGGAUCAAAUCGGUCCGCGCGAAAAUGGAUGCGGUUGUCGAGGCGACUAAAAAAGAAAAUUUGAGGGAAGAGCGAGUGAAAGAGGAAUUGGCUGAAGUUAAUAAAAGAGAGGAAGGUGCCCUGAGUAAGAAGAGAAAAAUACUCGACGAAAUAAAAGAAGUCGAGAAGGAAAUUGAAAAAGUGGAGACCAAGGAGAGUUACUGCAAGGAGAGAUUGCAUUUUGCACUGCAGCGCUAUGAUGAGAACUCAAAGAUGAAACACUUUCUUGAGAACAACAAAGUGGACGUGGAUGCUAUGGAACAUACCGUGAAACAGCUCAGAGAGAAAGCUAAAAAAGUUGUGGACAGCAUUGCAAACAUGCAGCGGAUCAUCGAGUCUAAAGAGAAGCUAAUUCUUGCCGCAGAAAAACGCGAGAUGGUCGCUCGAGAUACCAUGGCUCGAAUACAGGAAAAGUUGAGGGCAGUCGAGCGUGCGGGAACCAGCAUUAAAAUGAAUUAUACCCCUAUGAGUGAAAAACAGUACGUAGAGAAAGUGGAGCACCUAAAAGAAAACAUCACCAGGGCGAUCGUGAAAAGGAAGAAAUUUGAAAAGAAAGCAGACGCAAUGGAGAAAGACAUAGUCGAGCUAGAAAAGAAAAUAGCCAUGUUCAAGAAAAGAAACGCUGAACUGAAACAGACCACAAACGAACUAAAAGGUUCUAGAGUGUGACGUUGUGAAGCGUGAGGAGUUAAUUGUUUAAACAAUUAUUAACCAAACAAUUGGAAUCGUACCGAUUGGCGAUAUUUAUGUAGUUUUUUUUUUUUAUGAAUAUGCUGCGUAUGUUUCACUGGUGAGUCUCGCAUGAAGCGGGAGUAAAUUAUAUUUAUUACAUUUUAUGAUGAUAAGACUUGCGUACAGAUGUCUUCUGUUACGUGAUGUUGAUAUCAACUCAAGUGGAACAAAUUUUUGAAAAAAUCUGUAUUGAUAUCAACACGUCGAGUUUUGUUUAAGACUUCGGGUUCGAUGUUUGGUAUGUGUGCAAUUUGUAAAUUUUUCUGUUUACUGUAAGCAGCAUACACUGAAACGGAUAUAACGUGGAAAAGUAAAAAUCACGCAAAGAAACAAUUAUCUACAAAUCCGUGUCCAGGUCCUUCAGCCGCGCAGGUUUAACUUUUCCGCUGCCGACGUUUUAUUAAAUUAAUAUCUUUCAGCUGAUUAAUUACUCGUGGAUACAGAUAGAAUGCGAUCUUAUAUCUGACUUCAUUUCGUUUUGAUAUAAAGAUAAGGCGGAUUUUUCUUCUGCAUCUUAGGUGCCAUGGAAGAAUUCUUUCUAACAGUGACUGAUGAUAUCAGCAUGUCAGCCGUGUUAUCGGCCUACUGAGCACAACGAGUAGCUUCUCAUUACCUAAGUGAUGUUUUUGAUAUAAAUACAAAUUUGAAUAAAAAAUUGUCAAAUUAGAUAAU